AUGGCGUCCCUGGGCCAGAUCAUCUUCUGGAGCAUUAUUAGCAUCAUCAUUGUGUUGGCUGGAGCAAUUGCCCUUAUCAUCGGUUUUGGUAUUUCAGGCACACACUCCAUCUCAGUCACGACUCUCACCUCGGCUGGGAACAUCGGGGAGGAUGGAAUCCUGAGCUGCACUUUUGAACCUGACAUCAGGCUCUCUGACAUCGUGAUUCAGUGGCUAAAGGAAGGUGUCAUGGGCUUGGUCCAUGAGUUCAAAGAAGGCAAAGACGACCUGUCAGACCAGAAUGAGAUGUUCAGAGGCCGGACAGCCGUGUUUGCUGACCAAGUGAGAGUUGGCAAUGCUUCUCUGAGGCUGAAAAAUGUGCAACUCACAGAUGCUGGCACCUAUACCUGUUACAUCAUCACUUCCAAAGGCAGGGGGAAUGCUAACCUUGAGUAUAAAACUGGAGCCUUCAGCAUCCCAGAGAUGGAUGUGGACUAUAAUGCCAGCUCAGAGAGCUUUCGAUGUGAGGCUCCCCGGUGGUUCCCCCAGCCCACAGUGGUCUGGACAUCCCAAGUUGACCGAAGAACCAACUUCUCAGAAGUCUCCAACACCAGCUUUGAGCUGGAUUCGGAGAAUGUGACCAUGAAGGUUAUCUCUGUACUCUACAAUGUCACCAUCAACAACACAUACUCCUGUAUGAUUGAGAACAGCAUCGCCAAAGCCACAGGGGAUAUCAAAGUGACAGACUCUGAGAUCAAAAGGCGGAGUCACCUAGAGCUGCUGGACUCAAAGGCCUCACUGUGUGCCCCUUCUUUCUUUGCCAUCGGCUGGGUACUCCUACCUCUCUCCUCUCACCUGGUCCUAAAAUAA